AUGGGAAAUGCAGUGUCUCAAUGUUUCGGAGGAAACCAUAGCCCCCCCGUGAAGCUAAUCUUCUGGGAGGGAACAACACGAAUCCUCAGGGGAAAACAUAUUGCAGGGGAGAUCAUGUUCGAGUUCCCAGACAAAAUGGUCUGUCAUUCGGACUCAUUCUUUAUCGGACACCGGGUCCCUGCCUUAGCCAUAGACGAUGAGCUUCAGAGUGGCCAAACCUACUUGGUACUUCCCAUUGAUACCUUCGCAUGCGAUCAUGUCAUCUCAGCUUCGUCUCUUGCAGCCUUAGGGUCAAGCCCUAAAAAUUCUCCCAUCAAUUUUGGGGACUGCCGGCGGCCUUUCGAGUACGUAAAGGGUGCGGAUGGAAGAGUUUUGAUUAAGGUCGUGCCGGAGUUCAUAACAAGGCUUAUAACAAGAGGUAAGGAUGUUGGAUCAUCGAAUAUUAGUCCUGGUCCUAGUAAUAAUAACGGUAUUCUUUGUAGCACGCCAGAAUUGCAGAAGCACUAUGAACAGCUUGUUGGGACGUCUAAGGAACAAGUAUGGUCACCUAAGCUUGAAACCAUUGCAGAGCACAAGAAUAUUAGGUUCUCACCUUGCAGAUUUAUAGGGUUUGAGUGGAAACAGAAAGAGAUCAAGGAAAAUUAG